AGAAUCAAUCAUUCCUUCCUUUAUCGUCUCAUCUUCGUCUUCCCGACGAUCGGUGAUGACAACAGUUCCUAGUCCACCCAGCACUGCUCCAUGCUCCGCCAGACAUUCUUGUCCUCGGACAUCUCGAAACUCUAUUUACAUUUUAUUUUUUUUUUUAAAUUUUAAACAGAAUCAUCGGAUUUGCUUGUGGUCGAAGUCAGUGACCCCCCCCACAAUUCUCUGGCCCUAAUGAUUCCAGAAACACUUGGAGAACACUCAAUUUUUUGUUUUCUUAAAUUUUUAAUUCUACAUGUGUUGACGAGUUCAAGGAGAUAGCUUCCAAGGGCGGAUUGUACUAGAUUCUUUCUGUGUAUUGCUUUUGAUACGAGGAAAUGAGGAGUUUGAGGUUACUGGGGUUAGGAGAGAUUCGCUCUGCGCCGAUUUCACUGUUUUUGUUCCUCGUUCUGGUCCUCCGACAUUCUUCUUCUUCUUCUUGCUGGUGUCUCACUGACAAAGGCGUGGAAUUUCUGAGAUCUGGAGAGGAAAUCCAUUGUUCUUCCACUGAGUUUUAUUGUUCUAACAAAGCAAAUAAUUUGUAUCUGAGGAGCAUGGGAAAGCCCAGAAAUUUAGCCCACAGGAAAUUGAUGGAAGCAUCAACCAAAAGCACAUUCAACUCCCUAUUUAUGGCAACCAUAGAUUCUGUUUUACACACUACACCCUCACAACUAUCUACCGUGCCAAUGUGGGCCCAUGCCCCUGCUCCUUCUGUUACGCCAUCUCCAGUCCCUGCACCUGCAAUGCCACUCAGCUCUUUUUCCGAAAGUUUCAUCACAAAAGACCAUCAAUUAUUGACAUUGUUUGCAAUAACAGGCGGUUCCCUUCUGGUUUUUGUUGUCUUGUUCGCUUGUUUUUUGGCAUUUUGUCGCAAGGGCAAGAUGGGCGUCGUCAAACCUUGGGCAUCUGGCUUAAGUGGACAGUUGCAGAGAGCAUUUGUGACAGGUGUGCCAAGUCUUAAGAGACAAGAACUUGAGAUUGCUUGUGAAGAUUUCAGCAAUGUUGUUGGUGCUUUGUCAUUUUGUACCCUAUACAAGGGCAUAUUGUCUAGUGGAGUAGAGAUAGCAGUGAUAUCUUUCCCCCUCGCGUCUGCUAAAGAUUGGUCAAGAGAUCAAGAAGCCCAUUUCAGAAAGAAGAUUGAUAACCUCUCAAAAGUGAACCACAAGAACUUUGUAAACCUCAUUGGAUUCUGCGUGGAAAGGGAACCGUUUACGAGGAUGAUGGUCUUUGAAUAUGCUCCCAAUGGAACACUUUUUGAACAUUUACAUUGUAAGGAGGCCGAGCACUUGGACUGGGGAAUGAGAAUGAGAAUCGUAAUGGGCGUUGCGUAUUGCCUCUCCUACAUGCACCACCUCUCGCCGCCGGUCCUACACCAGAACCUGAAGUCCUCGGCAAUACAUCUUGCCGAGGACUACGCGGCCAAAGUGUGGGACUUUGACUUUCGGGGGGACGAGUUAGCUCACAACGAUGCUGACUCGUCGACUCCACAGAGCAACGUGUACAACUUUGGCGUCAUUCUUCUAGAAGUAGUAAUGGGCCGGCAACCGAAAGCCCUCAAGGACUUUGUAUCAGAGUAUCUCCAUGGAAGAAAGCCCCUGAGGGAAAUGGCUGAUCCAAGUUUAGGUUCAUUUGAAGAAGAACAAAAUCAACAAAUGGAUGAAAUUGGCGAAGUGAUUAAAUUGUGCCUUCGUCUUGGGCCAAGACUGAGGCCCACAAUGACUGAAGUCUGUGGUAGGCUGAGAGAGAUAACUGGGAUUGGGCCUGAUGGGGCUGUCCCUAAGGCUUCUCCUCUUUGGUGGGCCGAACUUGAGAUCUUAUCCGCACAUGAGACUGUUUAACUCAAUGAUUUCUUGUAUAA